AUGUCCCAAUUAUUUUCGACAGCCCGUUCGGAAACUCUUUUCCUGAAUGGUGAAAAGAUCAGCGGCGAAGAUAUUCGAAACCAGAAUGUUCUCGCAUGCCAGGCAAUUGCAAAUGUUUUAAAAUCUUCCUUGGGUCCUGUAGGCCUUGAUAAGAUGCUUGUCGAUGAUAUUGGUGACGUCACUGUCACCAAUGAUGGUGCUACUAUUCUCAAUCUUCUUGACGUUGAGCAUCCUGCCGGUAAGAUUCUGGUGGAGCUUGCUCAACAGCAAGAUCGCGAAGUCGGUGAUGGUACUACCUCUGUCGUCAUUAUUGCCAGCGAACUUCUCAAGCGUGCCAACGAACUCGUCAAGAACAAGAUUCAUCCCACAACCAUCAUCUCCGGUUACCGAUUAGCUCUCCGUGAAGCCAUUCGCUUUAUCAAUGAUCAGAUGAGUGUGCCCGUCGAAAGUCUCGGCAAGGAUACCCUCGUUAACAUUGCUAAGACGAGUAUGUCGAGUAAAAUCAUUGGUCCCGAUUCGGACUUUUUCUCCCGCAUUGUUGUUGAUGCUAUGCUCGCUGUUAAGACCACAAACACUCGUGGAGAAACCAAAUACCCUGUCAAGGCUGUCAAUGUUCUUAAGGCUCACGGUAAGUCUGCUACUGAGUCUAUGCUUGUCAAGGGCUACGCUCUCAACUGCACUGUCGCUUCCCAAGCCAUGAAGACUCGCAUCCAAAAUGCUAAAAUUGCCGUUCUUGACAUGAACCUUCAAAAGGCCCGUAUGCCUAUGGGUGUUAAUAUUACCAUCGAUGACCCUGAACAGCUUGAGGCCAUUCGCAAGCGUGAAUUUGACAUUAUUGUCGAGCGCAUCAAUAAGAUUAUAGACGCUGGUGCCAAUGUCGUUCUUACCACCAAGGGUAUCGACGACUUAUGUCUCAAGCAGUUUAUCGAAGCCGGUGUCAUGGGUGUGCGUCGUUGCAACAAGGAAGAUCUGCGUCGCAUUGCCCGCGCUACGGGUGCCACUUUGGUAUCCACUCUUUCAAAUCUCGAAGGCGAGGAAGUCUUUGAGCCUUCUUACCUUGGCAGUGCUGAGUGUGUUGUUCAGGAGCGCAUUUCUGAUGAUGAGCUCAUUCUUGUCCAAGGUACAAAGGUCCAUUCCUCUAGCUCCAUUAUUCUCCGUGGUUCCAACGACUACCAACUCGACGAAAUGGAGCGUUCAGUCCACGAUUCUCUCUCCGUUGUCAAGCGUACUCUUGAGAGCGGCUUUGUUGUUCCCGGUGGCGGUGCCGUCGAGACUGCUCUCAACAUUUACCUUGAGAACUUUGCCACUUCUGUUGGCUCGCGCGAACAGCUUGCCAUUGCUGAGUUUUCGAAUGCUCUGCUUGUGAUUCCCAAGACCCUUGCUGUGAAUGCUGCCAAGGACUCUUCUGAGCUUGUAGCCAAGCUUCGUGCUUAUCACGCUGCCAGCCAGAGUGUGUCGCUUGACGAUGUCAAGAAGCGCAACUACAAGAACUACGGUUUGGAUCUGAUUCGCGGUAAGGUUAUUGACCAGGUCAAGGCAGGUGUUCUUGAGCCUACUGUCAGCAAGAUUAAGGCUUGGAAGAGUGCGCUGGAAGCUUGUGUUGCUAUUCUGCGUAUCGAUACCAUGAUUCGUGUUACGCCCGAGCAACCCAAGGAGGAUCCCCAUGGUCAUUAG